CGUUACGUACGCUGCUGUCAGUCUGUCGGUGCGUUCGUUGCAAGCUAAAACACGCAUCUCUCUCGGUGUGAUUCCCGUACGGCAGUUCGCGUUUUACCGCAGUUCGAAGUGUUUCGUAAAACGCCGGUCAGUUCUCACAGAACGCGUGCCCUUACUGGUUCCGGUGUUGUAAUUUCUUUUUCGUUACGGGGUUGCUGCAGGUUGGCAUUGGAUCACGCUCGUUAAUCGCUCGUGCAAAACUCGGACCACUCGGAAACAUAGGAGCGGCGGUAACGUUCUCUUCUAACCAGACAACCCGGUGCAAAAUCUUCCACGUCGGCUGUAUAGACAAAACAGUUUCAAGGAAGGCAAGAAAACUUAAGGAGGACCCACGCGACACACACACACGCGAUAUGCUGUCCCCGACAGUGAAGCGGAUGGAGCGUCCGCCACCACCACCGACACCACCGAAACCCGACCGCUCCCAGCAGCAGUUGGGUAGUAAGGCGCAGCAAGCCAGCACCGAACCGGGCGUGGUACCAGUUCCUUCCCAAACGCCAGACGAGGAGCAGGUCGUGAUGACACCGCUCGGCAAGACAAACACUUCCACCGUGCUGCUGAUCGAGCGGAAGCUAAUACAGGCGGUGGGCGAACGGACGCACGUGGCCGGUGGCGAUCAUCGGGGCAUCAUCAUUAACAAAACUGCCGAAGAGCAAUCCAAUCGACAGCGCGAACCGGCCCAGCUGAGCCUCGAGUUUCGUGUCUUCCUCGUCAGCGCCAACAGUGGGCAGCAUUCGCAGGAAUCGCGCCGCAUCAAGUUUUGGUUCCGGCCAUGGCUUACGUCGGAGGAUGUGCAGGCCCAAGUUGCGCAGGACUUUUUCCGCGAGCUGGUCAGCCCGAAAGAGUUCCCUCGGGACUACGUCGGGUUUAUCAAGAAGAUUAUGAAGCUGCUCCAGAAAGGGUACAACGAAAUACAAGCCAUCGAGAUCGAGCUCCGGAUAUUGGAGCAAACGUCCGCACCUCCAUCGCGACCUUCGCGUCCCGGGCACGUGAUCAUUUGUUACGGCAACUGUCACAAGCUAACUGACACAAAUAAUAACGAUCGGGAUCAGAAACAUUUCACCGGUGGUGGUGGUAGUGGUGGUGAUUUGAUUGGUAGCAGUAACGGCAGCAUUCAUGUUACACCGGUCAGUCAGCGAAGACAGCGGAAGGACAAUGGGCAGCGGACCGGCGACGAAGUGUCGUUCGAGGAUGAGCAGUUCGAGGUGGUACCGCUGACGCCCGAGAAGAUACUCGAGCUGAUCGAGCAAGCCUAUCCCAACCCAAUCACCCCGGAAGAUCUGGCAAAGGAUUACGGAUGGGAGGAGGAGGAAGUGCUCGCCAUCAUGCUGGUGCUGAAGGAGCGGGGCCUCAUUAAAUCGAUGGAGUACAACUCGUUCACCCGCAUUCACCAUGACGACCAGGCCAUCAAAAUCGUGAAGCAAAUGCCAACGAUCGCGUCGAACAAACAGCCCACGAUUGCCAUCAUUACUGCGCAGUACUGCGAAAAGCUUGCCGUCGAUGCGAUGCUGGAAAACAAGGAAACGUUUGUGCGGUACACGACCGUAGGAACAUCCACCGAUAAGUCCACCACUAACGAAGCGGAGCGACACAAACACAGGAGAAAGAAUCGGUUCGGUGAGUCGAAUGUGUACACACUCGGCAACAUUGGAGCGCAUCGGAUUGUCAGCACCAAGCUGCCGUCGGUCGGUAGCACGCGGGAAGCGAUGACGGCGGCCGGCAACACCACCACCCGCCUGCUCGGCACCUUCCAGAAGGUGGACUACGUGUUUAUCGUGGGUGUAGCGGGCGGUAUCCCACACUACACCGACUACCGGCGCCACGUACGGCUCGGUGACGUCGUGAUUGCAGCCGCUCCCUCCGCCCAGGACGCAACCAACGCCACCAACGGUAAUGCACCGAAACCGUACUGCUACGUGUACAGUAGCAGCGGCAGCAACAACAACAAUGGUCCGAGCGAGGUGAAGCGUUACUAUCCGGCCGACGACUGUCUGCAGACGAUCGGGCGCACGCUCGUGCAGAACGACGACGGCAAAAAACCGUGGCUCCAGUACGUGCAGGAAGGUUUGCAGCAGCUAAGCGGACGGGGUGGCCACGCGGAGCACGACUUUGCCCGCCCGGCACCGAACACGGACAAGCUGUACAUGAACAUUGGCAACAAGAACGUGAUCGAGGUAGCGCACCCGAUCGCACAGCUCGACGGACAGGAUGGCGGGGGGGACGAUACGGAUGCGGCCGGCGCGCCACAAACCCGCCUGCAUGCCGGUCCGAUCGGGUCCGGGUACGAGCUGGUGCGGUCCGACAGUGCCCGGACGGAUUACGCCCAGGCGUACCAUCUGCUGGCGACGGACAGCGAAAUGAACUCGGUGCUGGACAGCGUGGUCGGCAACUGUCGGGACGCGUUCAUCCUGGUGAAGGGCAUUGCCGACUACAAGGACGGCACAACGUCACGCAAAUGGCAAAACUAUGCGUCACUGGCAGCGGCCGCCGUCAUGAAAACGAUCGUGUGCGCGAUGGACGCGCCGACGAACGUGUAACGCGGGGAAUCAUGGGGAGUAGUAAUCCUGGUCUUCCCCUCCUUCCCCCCCCCCACCCACACCCGUUCCCGUUAUCCACAAACUGCUAGGCCGCUAAGUGUUCAAAUCCCGCUCUCCCGCAACGUCCUUUUAAACUGAUAAUUUUGUGUGCAAACGAAAACAAACAAAAAAUGCUAAAUUGGAUUUUUUUUGUUGUUGCUUGUAACACAAAACACUCAAAAAAUGAGAAAAGGAACCAAAAACGCGAUUCUAGUAAAAAAAAAAGGGAAACCAUAUUAGCUAUUUAUGAAACAUUCUUAUGUGUAUAGCGAGAGAGUGAGAGAGCGAAAGAUAGAGAGAGAGAGAGAUAGUAAUAUAUUCCUAAUAUAUCUAUGCGUGCGUGACCAAUACAUUCGUACAAGCACAAAUGUUGAGUCCCCGAACAAGCGAACACUAUUAUUGCUUCUUCAAGCUGUAACGGUUUUUUGGCUAAUGUAACGCAUAAGCGUUACAGGAAGCGUUUUCCUAUUUCUGGAACCUGAUUUUUUCCCCUUUCGUACGACUAUACUAUCAAAUUUAAACUCUUCCUUUUAAUAUCUUACUAUUUGCAUGUAUGGACCACCACCAUUUGCAGCACAUUGUAGGAAGAGAACGGAACAAAAAUCCCUUCCUUUUUUUUGUAGCGUUUAAGUGUUUAAUUUUGGUUUGUUUUUUUGCUUUAAAUUAGUCGUGCUAAAUUUAAUGGAAUAUAUAUAUAAAAUGAAAAAUUGUA